CGGUGUCCCCGGUGUGGCUACUACUGGUCGAAAGCACCGGUCUCCGCUGGCAAGAUGCCCACAAAGUGUGUCGGUAGCUUGGCUACGUCGGCGGAUAAUUAUCUCUUCGCUCUCGCAAAGGGUACAGGUACUGGCACACAUCUCGCUACGAUUGGGUCCGACGAUGCGCUACGAUAUGUGGACGCUACUUCGCUCCAGGCCACGAACACCGUCGCAAACGCUCAUUCCGGCCUUUCGUGUCUUCAGGCUGCCACCCACGCGAGCUUCGUGACGGGUGGCCGUGAUGGUCUGGUCCGGUGUUGGGACGCUCGCGCACAAAGGGGCAUUGAGAUGCUUGAUCCCAAGGCAAACGGAAUCUCGUCGUUGGCAUGCCGCGAACAGUACAUUGCGGUCGGUACGGAGAGUCUGAAAGAAGGUCUCGGAGAUGUCAGUGUAUUGCUUUUUGAUACACGAAAUCCGAGACAACCUAUACGACAGUAUAAUGAGUCCCAUACCGAUACCGUGACGCAGCUGCAGUUCCAUCCUGCGCAACCGCACGUGCUCUUGUCUGGUAGCACCGACGGGCUGGUCUCGGUAUUUGACGUGAACCACGAGGAUGAGGAUGAUGCGCUGCAACAGGUGCUGAAUCCGAGAUCUGCCGUCCACUGCGCCGGAUUUCUGGCCCACGAUGAAGCAUAUGUUGUCUCGACGGACGAGAAAUACUCGAUCUACACUCUCGCCAAGACUGCAGCAGAGGAUGAGGAGUUGCCACCGCCUACUCAAUUUGGGGAUGUGCGCGACCAGCUCGACUGCAUGUAUGUGAUUGACAUCCUCGUGCAGCCAGAUGGACCGCCUCUGAUUGCCUAUGGGCACAACGAGAAGCGCACGCUGGGAAUCUCCUCACUCGGCAUUCCUGGAGCCUGGGCUUUUGGCCAGAAGAUUGAUCUUCCUGGUGCUCAUGGAGAGGAAGUCGUACGAGAUCUGUUGCUCAUCGAAAAGCGAGCAUUCAGCUGCGGAGAGGAUGGGAACGUCAAAGCUAUAUCAUCUCUCUCACAAAAGUUGGAAGCUCUCGCAGACCACAGCAACAGCGGGCACUCACCCUCCUCCACACCAACACUUUCGACCACCCUCUCCAGGUUCCCCCUCCCCACAUCCAUCACCAUGACCCAAAUGAAGGAACCAGCAGACAUCCGCGCCAUCAAAUCCUUGAUUCAAGACUUCUUCAACGCCAUCAACGCCGCAGAUACCAAAGCUCUCGGUCACACAUUCCUCCCCAACGGAACUCUCGCGAUCAUCAGACAAGACCCGCCGAGGAACCCGACAAGUGGUAGCGGAAGUAGUGGCAGUGGCAGUCAGGAAGACUAUUACCCACAAUACGCAGCUCUACCUACCCCUACAGGACCUCCUCCUACUGGUAGUGAUAACAAUGAUAGCAAUACCACAACAACAGCAUCAGAAGAGCAAAAAAUCUCUGUUAUCAUGCGCAGCUCCAUUGAAAAAUUCAUCAAACUCAUCGACGAAGCUUCCAGAAAACGCCGAGAGGGUGGAGCGCCGGAUUUGAAAAUUGUCGAGACGCCGGAUUUGGAUGCGACGGAUGUCAAGGUGGAUGCGUUGUUUGGCAUGGCGUGGAGUCCGUUCAAGGUGACGUUUGAUGGGGUGUUGCAUCAUUAUGGCACGAUUGUGUACACGUUGUGCAAGAAGAAGAAGGAGGGAGAGGAGGAUGGAUGGAAGAUUGCGGGGUUGACGCAGAAUUAUAGGAGGGCCGUGGGGUGGGAGAAGGAGAGUGAAUUCAUGUGAUUUGGUGGUGAUGGAGAGAGGAUGUGUUGAAAGGAGAUUGCCCUCGUGGGACUACAAGUCUCUUGUCCUGUAUGUCUGUAUGUGUCUCGCUCCCAGACAGUACAAAACAUCAAAUGUCUGGAUUGCGGACGCAGCUACGAAUAGACUUACCUCCUAGGUUGCCCAGUAUUGUAUGAUUUUACAGAUACCUAUAUCUA